UUAAGCUCAGUCAAGAUGACAACCUCCCUAAAGCAUGGAGACUUUGUGGCAGAGCCUAUGGGGGAAAAGCCAGUGAGAAGCCUGCCUGGGAUUGGUGAAGUCCCGGGCAAGAAGUUGGAGGAAAGGGGCUUUGAUAAAGCGUAUGUUGUCCUUGGUCAGUUUCUGGUGCUAAAGAAAGAUGAAAUUAUCUUCCAGGAAUGGCUGAAGGACACAUGUGGUGCCAAUACCAAGUAGUCCCAGGACUGGUUUGGGAGCCUUUGAGAAUGGUGUGAUGUUCUCUGGGGAGCCCUCAAUCCCCAGUCCUAUUAUCAAGUCUCCAGAGGUUGUCGCAUGCGCUCUCGACACAAUCAUGUUUGUCGCAAUGGGCCCUACGCGGAAGGUUACCUAAGACCAGUGACUUUAAUGAUAGUCAUUUGGUUGGUAGCGCUGGUUACCGUGCUACCUCCGCGAGGGUACUUGAUUGUAACAGAAAGUAGUUCCGGCCCGUGUUGUUUCGGCCGAGGAGCCGUCGCCGCCAUUUCAAGACCGUGA